AUGAUGGCAAUCGCUAUUGAAGCCCUCAUCAAGAUCGCCUUGAUGCUGUUCGUCGUGAUGACGGCCGCGGCCUACUUGGUGUUGGUCGAACGCUGGAUGUGUGCCUGGAUGCAAGGUCGCAUCGGGCCCAACCGCGUGGGCAUUCCCUUUACAAAGAUCCGUCUGUUCGGGCUCGGGCAGCCGUUGGCCGACGGGUUGAAGUUCAUCGCCAAGCAAGAGUACACCCCCAAACACGUCGACAAGGCGUUGUUCCUUUUGGCUCCCAUCGUCAUUCUCACGUCGGCGUUGGCCGUGUUUGCGGUCAUUCCCGUGGGUAGCAUGCUUCCGGCAAGUGCCUCGUUCGGGCUUACCGAUCACGAGAUUCCGCUGGUGAUUGCCCCCGGCGUAAGUGUGGGCAUUCUGUACGUCUUCGCCCUCAGCAGCCUGGCUGUUUACGGCGUGAUUCUCGGCGGCUGGGCCAGCAACAACAAAUACAGCUUCAUCGGUGGGUUGCGCUCGAGUGCCCAAUUAAUUGCCUACGAACUCCCCCUGGGCUUGGGCAUCCUCGGCGUGGUGCUGAUGUCGCACUCGCUCGACCUUGCCGAAAUCAUCGAAACCCAGGCGGCCACCGGCGUGUGGUUCUUUGCCGUGCAACCGUUGGGCUUCUUGGUGUUUCUCGUGGCGGCCUUCGCCGAAGCGGCCCGACUGCCGUUCGACUUACCCGAGGCCGAACAGGAACUGGUCGGCGGUUAUCACACCGAGUAUUCCGGCAUCAAGCUGUUGAUGUACUUGGUGGCCGAAUUCCUGCACAUGGUUACGGCGGCCUUCCUCAUUGUCAUCCUGUUCUUUGGCGGUUGGCACUUCUGGGGCAUCACCGGCGGUAACGCCACCGAUGUUACCUGGUUCCAGGGCAUCGCUCGCAUUGCGGUGCUACUGACUAAAGUGAUGGCCGUGAUUCUGUUCUUCAUGCUGGUCCGCUGGUCGUGGCCACGAUUCCGCUUCGAUCAACUGAUGACGCUCGCCUGGAAGGUGAUGCUACCCCUGGGCAUGUUGAACCUCGUGAUGGUGGCCGUACUGGUUGAGUAUCGCCAACCGCUGGAAUCGAUGCUGGGCUCCGGCACCACUUGGAAGCUGGCCGCAAUUACCUGGAGCGUGUCGCUCGCCGCCGUGCUGAUUGCCACGGCCGUCUCGCCACCCCGGGGCGAUAACCGUCCACGACUGUACGCCGUGCCCGAUAGUACGAUGUAUCUGCCGCUGGUGUUGCAAGGGCUGACCACCACAACCAAACACCUGUUCUCGAAGAAGGUCACGCAGAGCUUCCCCGAACAACGCCCGAAGUUUGGCAACCCCUUGAUCUACCGUGGCGUGCAUCGCCUGAAUCGCGACAGCGAAGGUCGAGUGAAGUGCGUGGCUUGCUUCUUAUGUGCGACGGCCUGCCCGGCACAUUGCAUCGAUAUUCUGGCCGCAGAAAGUCCCUGGCCCGACCGUGAGAAGUAUCCCGAGAACUUCGUCAUCGACGAACUGCGGUGCAUCUUCUGUGGCAUGUGCGAAGAGGCUUGCCCCGUGGACGCCAUCGAACUCACCAGCUUGUUCGACCUGACGGGCCGCAGCCGCGAAGAAAUGAUUUUUGAUAAGGAAAAACUUCUCAGCCCCUCAAUGAACUCCAUCAUCAUCUUCUAUAGCAUCGCGUCGCUGUUGAUUGCCGUCGGUCUGUGGCUGAUGUUGCCUCGCGGUGGAUUACGCAGCCCUUGGAUUGGCGUGGUGUUGGCCCUCAUCGGCGCCGGGAUGCUCGCAUCGCGGGUGCCCAUGGUCGAGUCGUGGCUCACCCGCAGCGUGUUUCAAAUUCUGGCCGGCGUAACGAUUGCUUCGGCGGUCGCUACGGUUACCUGUCGCAAGCCGGUUUACUCGGCCAUUUGGUUUGCCCUAACGCUGCUCACCUCGGGCGGGUUAUUGUUCGUGCACGGUGCCCAGUUCUUGGGGGUGGCCACCGUGGUGGUCUACGCCGGGGCAAUUCUGGUCACGUUCUUGUUCGUCAUCAUGUUGGCCCAGCCCGAGGGGCACGCCUACUACGAUCGCGUGACCUGGGAAGGAAACCUCGCCGCCCUCACCGGGGCGAUCAUGGUUGGCUUGCUUACGAUGGUGAUCUCCGUCGAACUCACUCCAGCUUCGGCCGAUAUCGACUUGGAGAAUGACGAAACCGUCGCGCUGGCUCAGGCCACCGAUGCCAAUCCUCCACCCCCGACAGAGUCGCCCGCCACAGAACCGCCCGCCGGGGCGACUGAGGCCGAGCAGCAAGUGUAUCCUCGCAUGAAAGAACUCCGAGAGGGCGUCCUGACCGACGAUCACAUGGCGAAGCUGGGGGCACAGCUAUUCACCCGGCACCUGUUGGCCGUCGAAAUAGCAGGCACCUUGUUACUCAUGGCCCUGGUUGGUGCGGUGGCGAUUGUAGUGCACGGACGCGGCCCACUCAGACGCAGCAAUGUUCCCGUGGGAGUGGUCCAGAACCAUCAAGCGGCAAAUAACCAACGGGGGGAGCGGUAA